AUAAAAGCAAGUGGCCCACAUAUGGGCUCACUCUGAUGUGUGAUGGUUGGACCGGUCCGACAAAGCGGGCCAUCAUCAACUUUCUGACAUACUGUGAUACGAAGACCUUCUUCCACAAGUCAGUUGAUGCUUCGGAUAAGGUGCACAACGCCUCAUACAUCCUCAGACUUAUGGAGGAGGUGAUUGAUCAGAUUGGAGAGGAGAAUAUCGUGCAGGUCGUCACUGAUAACGGACCGCAAUAUAAGUUGGCCGGGCAGGUCUUGAUGGAGCGGCGACCACAAAUUUUCUGGACUCCAUGUGCUGCACAUUGCAUCGACCUCAUCCUGAUGGAUAUUGGAAAGAUCCGUAGGGUGCAACAUACGGUGGAGAUAGCCCAACGCAUCACCAGGUAUAUUUAUAGCCAUACUUGGGUUCUUUCAUUAAUGAGAAGGUAUGCAGGGGGAGAAAUUCUUAGACCAGGAGUCACACGGUUUGCUACGAAUUACAUUGCACUUGAUAGCCUUAUCGAGAAGAAAGGAGCCCUACGUCAGAUGUUUGUUAGUCCUGAGUGGCAGGAAAGUAGAUAUGCCCAGGCCGGCACUGAAGGAAGCAGGAUGGAAGACUUGGUAAGCAGGCAGUCAUUCUGGCAGCGGGCCAAUGCGAUAGUCAAGGCUAUCAAACCAUUAUAUGAAGUGCUGCGGGCCGUGGAUAGCGAGAGGUAUCCCCAGAUGGGCUUUUUGUAUCACAUGAUGGAGAAGGCAAAGGCUCAGAUCAUGGAGGCAGAUGUAGCCCAUGCCCAGGAGUACAUCGACAUCAUUGAGCGGCGGUGGGGAGCCCAAAUGGGUAGGGAAUUGCAUCUAGCAGCAUACUAUCUGAAUCCCCGGUUUCAGUACGAGAGUGGAAUUGGUAUGGAUGAUGAACUUCUUCAUGCUCUGCGUAAUGUUAUUUAUAAGAUGGAGCCUGAUCCAGAAGUCGCCGCGUUAUGUAUAGAAGAGACCAAAUUAUUUAGAGAGGGUAGCCACAGCUUUGGACAGCGACCAGCUGUCGUGAGCAAGACAACUAUGAAUCCAGGUACAAUACAAAUCUGCAAGACAUUUUUGCAUCUGAAUUAUCUUCAACUAUGAGGCCAUCAUAUAUAUAAAAUGUAAUUAUCUUCAAUAUUUUUGCAGCUGAAUGGUGGAUUCAUUUUGGCGGAUCCGCAAAAAAUCUUAAGCGGAUAGCUAUCCGGAUUCUCUCCCAAACGGUCUCCUCGACUGACUGUGAGCGCAACUGGUCCACCUUCGGCCUCAUCCACAGCAAACAAAGGAACCGUUUGACACAAAAGCGCCUCAACGACUUAGUUUAUGUGCACUACAAUCUACGGUUGAGGCUAAAAUGCAUUCAAGAGGAAGUGGAGCUCAAGUAUGCAGAUCCCAUAUAUAGGACUUUUACAGAUGAUGAUGAUAAUCCUAUGCUCGACUGGCUUGCGGCCCAGCAGCAGGAGCCCGAGCUUGAUGAGCCAGGAUCGCCUCGACGACCAGCCAGUAUCAUAGCCACCGAGGCUAUGGUCGAUCCACAGCAAUGGGCUGAGCGCAACAUUCCACGCACUCCUACAGCUGAUAUGACGUGGCUAGAGGGAAGCCAGUCACCGCAUGACUGGUACGAUGCUCCCGUUCAGAGAGAUGAUCCUCUCAUGCGAGGACGAGGACGAGGACGCUCUACUACCCAGUCGACUCGAUCAGGAGGGCGUCAAUCCCAACAAACAAGAAAAGGAAAGGAAAGGGCCCCAAUGGAGAGUGUCGAGGAGGAGACUUGGACCAGCAGCGAUGAAGAUUCUGGUGGUGAUGGAUCUACUAGCCAUGGAGGAAGUGGAGGACAGUAUGGUACUAGUUAUGAGACACAGCCGGAGGGAGGUUUUCGAUACACCGGUGAGUCUCAGUUUACACAUGCUACACAAGAUACGGACCACGGUAGGCCGUCUGAUAUAGGCCGGUCAGAUACCAUUGCAUAUCGAAGAAGAGCUCCUCGAGGUCGUUCAAGAGGCCAGGAUGCAGCUGCAGAUGACCUUCCAUAUGGAGUCGAAUCCAUUGAUGUAUCAAGUUCCGAGUCUUCCUAUUAUCCGCGGCCUCAGCCAGCCUAUGGAUAUGGUGCAUCGGAGUCAUCUUCCGGUAGCUACUAUCCUGCGCAGCCCGGAGGAUCUUACGGAUCGAAUUUUAGUGCCGGCAUAUUCGGAUGGGCCCCUUAUCAAGACACCUCUCAGAGCCAGAGCUUUAGCGAGAGAUCCGAGAGUUCUUAUGAUCCAACGCGCAUUCCUCGAGGAUUGAGCAUACAAGACUACAAUGCCGCUUGGUUAGAGGGAUGGGUUGAUCUGCCUCCAUAUUAUGCUGAUGAUCCAGAUAUUGACGAGAAGCAUCGCCAUUCGACCCGAUUUUAGAUAUUCGAGAGUGAUUUAAACGUAUGUAAUUGAUUGUAUCUUAAUUUGAAAAUUUUUUAUGUUCUUCAUGUCAUUAUUUGAAUUAUUUGGAAGUAAUAAGUUGCAUCAUCUAGUUUUAACCUUAAACCUAAACAUAAAAACAUCCAAAAAACUCAAAAAAAAAAAAACGACGAUGGGGUCGCUGAAUGUACCCUAUCGGUACGGUAUCGGUUCGGCUCGGUUCGGCAACGGUACCGUACCGAUACCGGAGCCGACCAGUACGUCGGUACGAUCGGUACCGCGAACCUUGCUCUGAACAAUAUUAACUAGUGGGAUCAUGGCCAUUUCAAGUGCGACCUUGUGAAUAAAAAAGAUAAAGUUAUGUAAUUUUUAUUGAUAUCUCAUAUCAAUAUCAAGAUAUGAGAACAACUGCAAAUACUCAUCCAUAUAUUUGUGUUGCAUUAACUAAUUACCAAAUUUGUACCCUAGCACUCAACUCAAUCUGAUAACCAUUUAAACAAGCCUAUCAUAUGUCCUUGCAUCAGCUUCAAGAGUCCAUCAUUGACAUAAAUUUUUUUCAAGAUCACAUGCUUCAUCAAGGUAAGUUUUUUACGUAAUUCUUUCUCAAAACCCCCACAUCUCUUAUAGACUUUCACGGUUUCACCAUUACUUAUGUGGCAUACCAUCUCAUAAAGUUCUCCAUUACUUUAACCUCCAUUAGUGCACAUUAUAUCCUAGUUCUGCAUACACAUUAGUUUAAUGUUGUCAAUUUAGGAAAUUCUAGGAUUAAAAAGAAUAAGGCAAGUGACUUGAGGAGAUUAUUUGCAGUUGUUUAUUUAGACCCAUAUGCCUUUUUUGGUAAUGUAAAAUGCAGACCUAACAAAACUGUCAAGGUGCAAAAGAGCCGCAGCUAUAACAGUAAGCCCUGUC